AUGGUAGCCACGAUUGGUGUGGUGAUCUGGAAGCUCUUCGGAGGCAUGCUCUCUGAGACAUCAUCUGUUGGAGGAGCUCGAGUCGGGGGCCCGCUCCGGCAGAAGAAGACAGAAGGAGGCAAUGGGCACGGCUUGGAGUGGGCGGUGUGCGAGAUGCAGGGUUGGCGGGCUGCCAUGGAGGACGCCACCUGCAUUGCUGCGACCUUGCCGGAGCCACUGGCACACCAGGCACUAUUUGCAGUUUUUGAUGGCCACGGAGGGUCCCAAGUGUCUCACAUCGCGUCGUUGGAGUUUCCGAAGGUGCUGCAGGUGUGUGCAAACAAAUUGCGGGACUCCGACGAGGUUCCUCAAUCUUCGCGGCAGAAGGUAUCGGUCGACGGGUCGCCUAGGGCCGUCAGCGGUUGCAAACCGUCUGAAGCGGAGGACGAGGCAGCCGAGGCUGAGCCUUGUACCUUGCCGGCUCCAACAAGAAAUGGAGUUGAGGCUGGCAGUGCCCGAGAUGAGGGUGGACUAUCAGGAAAAUCACUGUCCAUGAGCAUGAUCGCAAUGGAUGCCUUCCUUCGGCAAUUGGGCAAUGGCCUCAACUCCAAAGGGAAGAGCAGCCUGCUUCAGCUUUCCAGUCCACUGGGCAUCAUGGCCAGGCACCUCGAGGCUAGCAGCCAGAGGAAUGCCUUCAAUUUGGUAGGGAGCACUGCGAUUGUGGCCCUCCUUGAUAAAACAGGCGACUCGCGCAGUGUCACCGUUGCCAACUGUGGCGACUCUCGAGCUGUGCUCUGCCGCAACGGCACAGCCGUAGAACUUUCCGAGGACCACAAGCCUGAGCUGCACAGCGAGGAGAAGCGUAUCAGGCAAGCAGGUGGCUCCGUGAAGUUGAUCGGGCCCUGUCAUCGCAUAGACGGGUGGGGGCUUAACCUCUCCAGGGCCCUUGGCGACUUUCAUUACAAGGCAAACGAACUGUGGGUCAUCGCUGUGCCGGAGGCACACGGCACACGCCCAACCGACCUGCUGACGAUUCGCAGUUGCCUCCCUUGGAGAUACGGAUUGGCCAUCGGUGCAUCGACGGUUGUUGAGACUUUUGGAGGGGCAGGCCCGAUGCCGGGAAAGCAGAAGCUGCAGGCGGGACGGAAACGCUGGCUGACGAGCUGGACAGAACAGCAUCAUCAUUUGCUGAAAGGCGGUCGUUGUCUUUCCGUUUUUUUGCACCACUCCGUGGCUGCAGAGUUCGACAGGGCUGUCCCUCGGUUGGAUGGCCAGCUCGAAACGGCAGAAGGCCUGCUGAACGUUGCUCCUCAGCGCGUUUGCUCACGGACAGAGUCACGCCUCGGAACGCAAGGCCUGACGGAUGCCGACGAUGUUUGGAAGGAAGGUGGCCUCUUGGACUUCAACAGGGACCUUCUGGUAGGAUGGCCAGCAGUCGCUCGAAGCGGCUGGCCAGUUUUCCGGCUUCUUCGUCUUUUGCAGAACAGGGCACAGGCACAUGCAGCAGCACCGCCUUUAACUGGAUGCAACGAGGAUGCGGAUGAAUUUGCGGCGACUGUGAUGAAGCAUGUGCGACAUCGCAAACCUCAGGAUGAGGCCUUGCUUGCCGCCAGUGCCAUGUUUGUCCUCAGCUCACCAAGAAGCCGAUGCCCGCUCUCGGUUGCAGCGGCGUACCUCUCAAGUGCCUGGGCUCGAUUUCCAGUGUUCGACGAGGAGACCGAGGAUCUUCUCGGCUUAGCUGAGAUGAAUAUGCGAAAUGUUAGCUUGGCCAGACUCCUGACAACGCAGCACCCGUUGCUGGACAUGCUGGAUGACGUCGCCAGUUCCUACCAGGCGUUCUUAAUCGAUUCCGGAGCCCUCUACGUUGAUCUCAGGGACGAGAACAGCUCGAAGGCCACCGAGCCCCGAGUGGACUACACGCGUCACAUGAUGGUGACAGACGACUUCACGUCUAAGGCCGCGUUCUCAACUUGUGCGGAUGAUAUGCUAACUCCGUCAGGGCGUUGCAACAGCUUCGCAGCCUUGGGGAAUGCUCUGUUGCCGUGGAAGACGGGCAUCUCCCAGGAGGACACUCUCCGUGCUCUUCGCACUGAGGACGGAAUUCAGAAGGCGCUAGUCUUCCGACUAGUUGAAAGCCACUCGGCCAGCGCGGAACUUCUGCUCCUGGCCAUCCCAGAGGCUCUUGAGACACGCGAGCAGCUAGCAGACUGCCUCGCAGCUACCAUCAUUGCGGUAAUAGCAGUGUUGCCGGCGAUGCCAAAGCUAGAGAUGGUGGUCAACCUUGGAGAUGAAGCUGUGUCACAACGGAGAUCAUAUUCGUGGAGCCCUCCUUACGGUCGCCGAGAGGAUGUGCCCCCACCUGUGUUCAGCUUCUGCAGUGAUCGGAAAAACUUUUGGGAUAUACCGUUGCCAACCUCCCUCUGUCACCGCUUCCGACCACGCUGCAAGACCGGCAACAAGGACUCCGAUGCGGAAAGAGGAAAGAGUCUGAGCGGCCGUCUGAGCGGCCAGCCGUCGCUCGAAGCGAAGCAAGAAGAGUGCUACGUCUUCAGACUGCUGAUGACCUAUGCAGAACUCCUUCGCUACAGGCCUAUGGGCCAUGCGAUGGAGGAAGAGGCAGUAACCAUGGAUGAUCUGGUUCUGACAUCUGGGGUUGUGGUCCUGAAAUCGUGGUCGGUGCAGUUCAGCCCGAUGGCAGAAGAGAUGAUGUUGCGAUGUGAUCUGCUCAUGGCAAGGGCAGCUGCCUGA